AUGACGCAGGAGCUAGAGAACCGACAAAACAGAGAUAACGAGCUGAUGGCCGAGGUGCAGCGCCGUGGCCGAGUUGCAGCUGGCGGGGCCCAACCACCAGCUGCCGUUGCUGCGCAUCGAGUGGACUCCCUGGUGGCUACGCGGACGCUCGGCAAGCCAGACGUGUUCACGGGAGAAAAUCACAAGUGGAACGAUUGGAAAGUCAUCUUCAGGACGUACUGUGCGGUUGUGAACCCAAGCGUAGUCAUCGGGAUGCGUCAGGCAGAGAGCGCCGACGCGAUCUCUGUGCUCAUAGACGAUCUAGCCGAGGAGUCGCUCCAGAGGGCAUCGCAGCAGCUGUGCUACAUCCUCCUUCUCCUCCGCCGCCAGCAUCCCUUGGCCACCAUCGUCAACAGCGGCGAGAAUGAGGGCUUCCAGGCGUGGCGUAAGCUCGUUGAGUACUAUGAGCCGCAUGCUCGAGCUCGGAUUGCAGGCCAGUGGCUCAACCUACUGAACUUCGCGUCUGCUGGCGACGUCGAAGACGGGCUAGCGUUGUUCGGGCGAGAGCUCAUCCGAUGCGAGCAGCGGAGUGGCGAGACCCUCUCGGCUUCGAUGACGAUCGGCAUUGUGCUGCGCCAGAUGGAAGAAGGGCCCCAUGCGGCAACGCCUCUUGCUCAGUGCGACCCGGCAUGUGGGGUCACGGACUUCCGCAGGGCCCAGAGUGCGAUCGCCCUGGUCCCCGUGCCGAUGGACCUGAGCGUCUUCGCCAAGGGCGGCAAAGCAUCGUCGGCUUGGAAUGGGCCCUGGUGCGACCAGGCCGGCUCCGUCGGCGCCCGUGUCAGCUACCUCGACCUCGACCGCUGCGACCGCGAGGAUAGGUCCAGCAUCAUCUUCGACGAGUGGAGGGUCUCGGCUCGACGAGUGGAGGGUCUCGGCAGAUUGGCGCUCUACUUCAAUGGCGACAGCGAGCAGGUUAGCCGCCUGGUCGCGCACCUCCACUCCCGUGCCCUGAACGACCCGGGGCCUGCGAUGGCGGACGGUGUCGACUCCAUGAUCUGCGCGGUCCUGGAUGUGAACAUGAUCCACGGCAACUCAGAUGCGGAGGAGGUCGAGUUCAACGGCGUCGCUCGCGUGGGCAUCGACUCGUGCGCAGCGGCACUCGCCGCCAAGUUCAGGGUGGCGGACGUCAGCGAGCCGUUGCUGCGCGUCGCGGAGACGGUCGACUCGUGCCAUCGGCUCGUCUUCGACUCCGAGGGCGGGCGAGAUGUCAGCUACGCGCGCCGCGCGACCAGCGGGGAUUUCGUGAAGUUCUGCCGCAGGAGCGCGGUCUACGAGAUUGACGUGCACGUCGACCCGUACGUGCCUGAGGUCUGCCCCGUGGAGGUGGCCAGCCCAGGGCCUCCCGGGGGCGAGGCCGGCCAGCCAGGGAGCCCGCGGCCGACGGCGGCCGAGCGAGCCGCGCAUGUGGUACUGCGCGAGCCCUGCAGGGCUUGGCGCCGGGAGUGCGUCCUCGGCAGGGGCCUGUCAGCGGGCCGCCGCGCCGCAGACCGCCGGGAGGCUGCUGUCGCGGUGGUCGGCAUCGACUGCGGCUACUUCGGCGCGAGUGAGGACGGGGCCGCGAUGCUGAUUGGCAGGGGCGCCAAGCGGCUAGCGUUGGCUGGCCACGAGCGCUUCGUCUUCCGUUCGGAUGGCGAGUCUUUCCUCGUCGCCUUGAGGGCCCGCGUCGCAGCCGAGCUCGAGGGGGGCCAUGGUGUCGAGACGGUCCCCGAGGACAGUGCGGUCGGCGACUCCCCGGGCAAUGGUCUCGCCGAGCACGCUGUGCGCGAGGUGAAGGCCAAUAUCAGGACCGUGAGGGCGCAGGGCGACGACCUCCACGGCGUGGGCAUCGGUGCCGACCACCCGGUGAUCCUGUGGAUGGUCGAGUACGCGGCGACGUCGAUCAGCCUGGGCAGGCGCUGCGCCGAUGGUCGGACCGCGUGGGAGCUCGGGCACGGCCGGGCCUGCAGCAGGGAUCUCGCUCGCUUCUCGAAGACGGUGCUGUUCCUCCCAGGGGGCAAGCGGAAGGUCGGCUUCGAGGGCGAGUUUUUUCGCGGCUUUUCCUCGGGCCUACGCUGCGCACCGACGAGUUCUACAUCGGCGCGGAGCACUGUGCGCUGCGUGCUGCGACUACCGAUCGACCAGCGAGACGACAGGGGCCUGUUGGACGACGCUCUAGCGGGGAGGCCGUGGGCGCCUGUGACGGCGAAUGCGGCUAUUGACGAGGUGCUGGUGGCCAUAGAGAUCCGCGUGCCAGGGCCGGCCGUGCCGGUUGGGGCCCCAGUGCCGCCAGUCGUGCCGGCCGGCGCUCCAGUUCCGCCGGCCCCUGAUGGAGUGGGCCUCCCGCCGGGCUCCUCGAGGCGCGCGGCCGAGUGCUGGGCCGCGGGCCGUCUGCAUCAGGAAGCAGCCGCGCCAGCCGCGGACGUGGACGUGGCCUUGGCGCUUCCAGGCCCGGGCGGCGGCAACUUGCAGGAGGCGGUCGAGGCGCUGCUGCUCUCGCUCGCCUACAGCGGGCGCGAGGUUGACGUGGUGGAGGUGUUCUGCCCGAGGCAGCUCGUUGGCGCUGCGCCGCUCUUCGGGCUGAUCCACGGUGGCUCGUUCGACGUCAGGGUCGGCCGGGACUUGUCCGACCGCCGCCAACAGCAGCAGUGCCGCAAGCUGGUCGAGCAGUGCCGGCCGUGCUCGCUCCUGGGUAGCCCUCGCUGCGCGCCGUUCUCCAUGCUGAAGUACCUGGGCGAGGAUGCCGAGGGGCAGCGCCAGGCUUAUGCCAUCGGGCAUGGGCGCCUGAGGUUCGCGAUGGAGCUGCGCGCGCUGCAGGUCGUGAGUGGCCGAGCGUUCCUGCGCGAGCACCCCUGGGGCGCCGACAGCUGGGGCCUGGAUGUCGCAAAGAAUGUAAUGGCCCUCCCAUGCGCGGUGGUCGGGCGAGGGGGCCAGCGCGCGUUCGGCCGCGCGGUCCCGGGCGCGCGCGGCGACAGGCUCGCCGCGCCGCGCGGUCUCCGCCGGCACUUCGUGAAUAAGAAGGUGCUCGCUCCAUCGGCCCUCGAUGCGGGGCCGAACGUGGGCGACGAGGAGAUCAGCUUGAAGGACUUCACCGGGCACUGGCGCGACGCCUUGAAGCCCGAGUUCUACGACGAUCGCGCGGGGGCGUUGCUGGGCGCCGAGAUGGUCAGGUCCGCGAGGCGAUCGGAGAUGGACUUCAUGGCCCAGCGCGGUGUGUGGACCUACGCGAGUGACGAGGACUGCUACCGCGAGCUCGGCCGCAAGCCUCUCAGUGUGCGCUGGGUCGACGUCGACAAGGGCGACUCGAUCCGGCCCGACUGCAGGUCGCGUCUCGUCGCGCAGGAGACUAUGGCGCAGAACGCCACCGCUGGGCAUGGCGUCGGCGCAGUGUUUGCAGCGGCGCCACCGCUGGAGUGCCUCCGGCUCGUGUGCAGCUUAGUGAUGUCGAGCGACCAGGCUGAGGGCCGCGUCCUGGGCUUCCUGGACAUCUCAAGGGCUCGCCCGCGCUGCGAGAUCAAGAGGGCGCUCUACGUCAGGCCCCCGGGCGAGGGCGGGAUGUCGCAGGGGGCAGGCAAGUGCGGGUUCUUGAAAAUGGCUCUCUACGGGGCGCGUGGCGCCGGCCAGAACGUCGAGCUGGCGACCUCCAAGACAGUCGUCGGCGCCGGCUGCGACCAGUCGGCCUGCUCCCCGUGCGUGCAUUGCCGCAGGGACAAGCAGGUGGGCUUCUCCCAUCACGGCGACGACUUCGUGCUCGAGGGUUCCUGCGACGAUGCGGAGGCGAUCCGCGAGGUGCUGAGUGCGAAGUUCAUCGUGAAGGGCCGUGGCGUGCUCGGGCCGGCGCCGACCGACCUGAAGGAGAUCGCGCGUCUCAACGGGGCCCUGCGCUGGCGAGACUGGCGGGGCCAGGGCGGCGGGGCCAUCGAGUGCGAGGCGGGCCCCGGGCGCGCGCAGGCCCUCCAUGCGCGGCUGGGCAUGGCGUCUGACGCGGGGUCACUGAGCACGGCCGGUGUGAUCCAGAAGUUGACGCCUGAGGUUGGGCGUGAGCUGCCCGAGUCCGAGGCGGCCGAGCACCGCAGUGCGCGAGUGAGGCUGGGCUGCCUCGCUCUCGACCGCCCGGAGCUGCAGUUCACCGCGAAGGAGUGCGCCCGUGGCAUGCAGAAACCGACGGAGCGCUACCGAA